CUCGCGCUUUACGCUUCGCGAUCCAUUGCUCUUCCUUGGCACCGCUUCCUUCUCCGCUCUCCAAGAUGCUCACAGGAUCAACCUACUGCUCUGGCAUUGUUGGCACCUGACUGAUAUCCUCGUUGUUAUUGAAAAGAUAGCUUCAUUACUUUAAAUUCAGAUCGACUAGGAAAAUGGCGUCACACAUUGUUGGAUAUCCUCGCAUGGGCCCCAAGAGAGAGCUCAAGUUUGCUUUAGAAUCAUUUUGGGAUGGGAAGAGCAGUGCUGAUGAUUUGCAAAAGGUUGCAGCUGAACUCAGAUCUUCCAUAUGGAAGCAAAUGGCUGAUGCUGGAAUCAAAUACAUCCCCAGCAAUACAUUUUCUUACUAUGAUCAAGUGCUUGAUACCACAGCAAUGGUUGGUGCUGUACCUGAGAGGUACAAUUAUACUGGUGGAGAGAUUGGAUUUGAUAUCUAUUUCUCUAUGGCUAGGGGAAAUGCCUCUGUUCCUGCUAUGGAGAUGACCAAGUGGUUCGACACCAACUAUCAUUUUAUUGUACCCGAGUUGGGCCCGCACACCAAAUUCUCAUACUCCUCUCGCAAGGCAGUGUCUGAGUACAAGGAAGCGAAGGCGUUGGGAAUUGAGACUGUCCCCAUUCUCAUUGGUCCUGUAACAUACUUGUUGCUCUCGAAACCUUCUAGAGGUGCUGAGAAGUCAUUUUCUCCCCUCUCUCUUUUGGAAAGCAUUUUGCCCAUUUACAAGGAAGUUAUUGCUGAGCUGAAGGCAGCUGGUGCUACAUGGAUUCAGUUUGAUGAGCCAACACUUGUCAUGGAUCUUCAGUCUCAUCAGUUGGAGGCAUUCACAAAGGCUUACUCAGAAUUAGAAUCAUCUCUUGAUGGUUUGGAUGUGUUCAUUGAGACUUACUUUGCUGAUAUCCCUGCAGAAGCAUACAAGACUGUUACUGCUUUGAAGGGUGUUCGCGGUUUUGGUUUUGAUCUUGUUCGUGGAACCCAGACACUUGACUUGAUCAAGACUGCUGGCUUCCCAGCUGGCAAAUAUCUUUUUGCUGGAGUCGUUGAUGGAAGGAACAUUUGGGCAAAUGAUCUUGCUUCCUCUCUCAGCAUUCUUGUGGGUCUUGAGGCCAUUGUGGGAAAAGAUAAGCUUGUCGUCUCAACUUCAUGCUCACUCAUGCACACGGCUGUCGACCUUGUCAACGAGACAAAACUUGAUAGUGAGAUCAAGUCAUGGCUUGCUUUUGCGGCUCAAAAAGUUGUUGAAGUAAAUGCAUUGGCUAAAGCCUUGGCUGGUGAGAAGGAUGAGGGUUUCUUCUCUGCCAAUGCUGCUGCUCAGUCCUCAAGAAAGUCCUCCCCUCGUGUGACCAAUGAAGAAGUUCAGAGAGACGCUGCUGCCUUGAAGGGAUCUGACCAUCGCCGACCCACUAAUGUUAGUGCCAGGCUAGAUGCUCAGCAGAAAAAGCUCAACCUUCCAAUUCUUCCCACUACUACAAUUGGUUCAUUCCCUCAAACAAUGGAUCUUCGAAGAGUGCGACGAGAAUACAAGGCAAACAAGAUCUCUGAGGAAGAAUACGUGAAGGCCAUCAAAGAGGAAAUCAGCAAAGUUGUCAAGCUCCAAGAAGAAUUUGAUAUUGAUGUUUUGGUCCAUGGAGAGCCUGAGAGAAAUGACAUGGUUGAAUAUUUUGGGGAACAAUUGUCGGGCUUCGCAUUCACUGUUAAUGGCUGGGUGCAAUCUUAUGGUUCACGCUGUGUUAAGCCUCCCAUCAUUUAUGGUGAUGUUAGCCGACCCAAGGCGAUGACUGUAUUCUGGUCUAAAACAGCUCAAAGCAUGACUUCUCGCCCAAUGAAGGGUAUGUUGACAGGCCCUGUCACAAUUCUCAACUGGUCCUUUGUAAGGAAUGACCAACCCAGGUCUGAGACUUGCUACCAAAUUGCUCUUGCUAUCAAAAAAGAGGUUGAGGAUUUAGAAGCUGCUGGUAUACAGGUCAUCCAAAUUGAUGAAGCCGCUCUACGUGAAGGCCUUCCUCUUCGGAAGUCUGAGCAAGCUUUCUAUUUGGACUGGGCUGUUCAUUCCUUCAGAAUCACAAACUGUGGCGUCCAUGACACUACCCAGAUUCACACCCACAUGUGCUACUCUAAUUUCAACGACAUCAUCCACUCCAUCAUUGACAUGGAUGCCGACGUGAUCACCAUUGAGAAUUCCCGAUCUGACGAGAAGUUGCUUUCAGUGUUCCGCGAGGGAGUGAAGUACGGCGCCGGCAUUGGCCCAGGUGUGUAUGACAUUCACUCCCCAAGGAUCCCUUCCACUGAGGAGAUUGCAGACCGCAUCAACAAGAUGCUUGCCGUCCUACAAACCAACAUCCUCUGGGUCAACCCUGACUGCGGGCUCAAGACUCGCAAGUAUGGUGAGGUGAAGCCUGCUCUUAGCAACAUGGUCGCAGCUGCCAAGCUCCUCCGCAGCCAACUGGCAGGCGCCAAGUGAAAGGAAAUAAUCGUGUUAUCUUCCCAAUUUUCCCUAAUCAUGUUGUCCGUGUGUUGGUUAUUCUGAUUCCUAGGCCAGUCAUUGGUCAAUUAGGCCGCGUUUUUGCUUGCAGUUUAUUUCAUGCAUUUUCUUAUCUCCUUGUUCUCAUCUCAUUCAUCAGUUUCCUAGGUAUAUUGCUCGUUGCUACUUAUGGUUUUUACUAUCAAUUUUUCUUUUUAA